AUGAGCCAGCAGCAGAUGUUGGACCGGCCCGCGGGGAGCCACCGAGCCUCCCCCCAAAACGUUGCUCACGUCCUAUCGCUGUCCCCCACCGCUGCCCCACAUAUGUUCCGGGCAGCGCCGGCGGAUUCGGUCGGCUGCGUCGGCUGCCUACCCGGGCGGCCCAGCCCUGGGAAUCUCCCAGCGGCCGGACUCAUCGCAGCCGCUGGAAAGAGGGCAGCAGCCAGGCAGGAGCCCCCGCUGUGGCCGGGACCCGAUAUCCCCACUGCGGCCGAGGAGGGCCUGAGAGGAGGGCGCCCCCGCCCUCUCUCCUCUCGCCGGCCACCCCCCCCCGCCGUUCCGCGUCCCCUCAGCAGAUCCGUGGCGCCCGCCGGCUGCACCGCAGAGGACCGGCGCCCUCCGCCCAGGCAGGAGGGGGGCGGCGAACAGCCUCCUGCGCCAGCAGCGCCUGGGCUCCUCUGCCCCAGGCCGCCGCGACUACGCCUCCCUGCAACUCCGGGUGGGGCCGGCCUCUGUCACCUGCCCAGGGCGUCGCUGCGGUCGGCGAGGGGGCCGGAUCCGCUACGGCCGGGCUGUCUUGUCCCGCCCGCCCCGCCCCGCCCCGCUCCGCUCCGUUCGACACUUGCCCCGGUCGCGGCGGCGGCUCCGUGUGUGGCGAGUCCCCGGGCUGGGCUCCGCCCCGAAGACCCCUCGGGCGGUUCCCUCCGGCCCGCGCUCUUCUCACUGCCCCGCUCGGCGGCAGCGGCCACUGGCUCCAGAAGAGCGAGCGGCAGCGAAGGGCGCUCGCCCGGCGGCGGCUGGAGCGGAUCCCUGCGGGGGCGGCCCCUCCUCGCCAGGCGGCGGCGGCAAAAUCUCCGGCAGGCACCGGCGGCGGCGGCGGGCGAGAGCCCCGCAGGUCGGAGCGGGCCCCAGCCGCGCCGGAGACUCUUGGCGACCCUGCGCCGCCUGCAGGGCCUCACGCCGCGGGCACCGGCGCCGCCGCGCCUCGGCGGGGGCAGCAGCGGGAGCAGCGCUUCUGACCCGGCGCCGGAGGAGCGGCUGGCGACACACUAUGGCGGGAGGCGGAGGGAGCGGGCGCCGGAGGUGAGCAAGCAGCCACGAGGCCCCCGCGCCCGGAGGAGAAAGCGGGCGCCAGGUGAGAGCUCCGGGGCCACUGCCGUGCCCGCCGCCCAGCUCGUGUGCAUCCGCCGAGCUGCUUCGGAAGACCGCGGCUGGGACGUUGCGCUCUGCUCGCGUGGAGGAGUUUCUGACCCGACCAGGGGAGAGCCGGCACGACUUCUUGGAGGUGAAGCGGCAGCAGCUGGAGAUGGCAGCCCAGUUGUGCCCAGCAGCAAGCAGAGGUGCCCUGGGACUAAGGAAGUCACCGGGCUCGCAGAGGAGGGGCCAAGGCAGCUGCUGACCAGGAGGCAGUGGAGGAACCGCCAGAAGAACAGGCGGCGCCAGAAGAACAAGUUCAAGGCAGAUCUCGAUGCUGUGCAGCCCCUCGUGGCCUCUGGACCAGAGGAGCCUCCUAGGACCCAGGAAGACCUGGCAACCACAGAGCCUCUCAGCAGCCGGGAAGCAUCCCUGCGGCUGCGCAUGGAGGCGCGCCUGGAUUCAGCUCGCUUCCGCUAUAUCAACCAGCAGCUCUACACAUGCUCCAGCCAGGAGGCAGCCCGGCUCUUCUGGGAGGACCCAGAGGCCUUGGCUGUUUAUCACCGGGGCUUUGCGCGGCAGGUAGCCCAGUGGCCUGAAAGUCCUGUGCAGCGCCUUGUGCGCUAUCUGCGUCACAGACCGGCAUCACUUGUGGUGGCAGAUUUCGGUUGUGGAGACUGCGUGUUGGCCCGCAGCCUACGGAACAGAGUGCACUGCUUUGAUCUGGUGGCGCUGGACCCCCGAGUCACUGUUUGUGACAUGGCCCAGGUCCCCCUGGAAGAUGAAUCAGUUGAUGUGGCUGUUUUCUGCCUGGCACUCAUGGGUACCAACCUGCAUGAGAUCCUGGAAGAGGCCAACCGUGUGCUGCGAACUGGGGGCACCUUGCUCGUGGCCGAAAUUGCCAGCCGCUUCCGGGACGUCCGGGCCUUCGUGGGGGCGCUCGCCCAGCUGGGCUUCAAGCUGGUUUCCAAGGACGUCUCCGGCAGCCACUUCUACACCUUCGCGCUGUGCAAGGUCCGUGCUCCGGCCCCGGCGGCCCCACGAGGGCAGAGGCAACAGAGUCCAGAUCCAGGUCCUCGGGCCCCUCCCCCGCCAGGCCUGGUGCUCCGGCCUUGCCUCUACAAGCGACGAUGAUGCAGGCAGGAGGGGCGUGGUUGGGGCGGGAGUGGCUGUAUCUCUUGAUGUGAAUAAAGUUUCUUCCUCUUGGA